CACUCUCGAUCGCUCUCUCGAAUGGUGGAGGUCCGGGAAGCUGCAGCAGGCGGGGAGGGAAUCUGUGAUGGGAAGUCGCUCUCGACGGGGGACACCUGUUCUUGCAAUGUGAGUCAGGGCGGGGCGCAAGUUGACGCAUCCGACUCACCGGCCCGAGCUUCCACGCCUUCACGCCUUCGCGAGCGAGGAUAGAGUUCCAAGUGUGCAGGUCGCUUACGACAUGAACGCAUCACGUGACCGAAACGGGACGGCGGGGCGAUUGCUUGCAGCAGCACCGCCCGUCCGGAUUUGCUCGCAUUCCUGCAGGCGUCGCGAGAUUCUGGACUCUGGGGCCUCGGCACGUCGGAUCUCUGCGGAGGUCAAAGGAGAGUGAGUAGCAGGAUGUUGGACCGGAGCGAUUUUUAUUAGCAGUCGUUGUUGGGGCUGCCAUUUCGGGAGUGGGUUAAUUAGAUUUGAUGUCCUGCCAGCUUCUCCUGCUCCUGCUCGCUCGCUCGCCCGGUCAAACUCACCCCACGCCCUCCCCUCCCGCAAUUAGCAGCAGCCGUGGUGAGGUGAGUGCGCUAAUUUCACAUCAGCGCUGUUCGUUAAUUAGGUCUUUGCUCUUGUUCGUUGUUCGUUGGUGAGCAUCCAGUCAACUUGAGAGAAACCAGGCGAUCAGGCUUCUGGAUGGGCGCUCGCGCGCUCGUCCAGCUGUUGGCUACACAGUGGGCUCAAUUUGCUCGCUUGGGACAAGAGUUGCAGUCUUUUGCGGUCGUGGAUGUCUUCUUGACUCGAGUGCGGCCUCGAUUCCCACCCCCGCAAUGCGGAAGGCGGAGAUGUCAAUCCCUUCGGACCAGAUUUAGUACGAGGCGUCAGUGCCAAUUACCUUCAGUGGGGUAGAAAUCUGCGGGAAUUUUACUAAAUUGGCAGCGCCGGGCGAUCGAGCGGAAACCCGACAUUAGGGUGCGCCGGGCCCCGUCCGAGAAACGGACAGAGCUCAAGCUGCCAUGCUCUCCCUGCAAGAUAGCGACCGGCGAUCCGAUCGAUUCUUCCAUUCGAUACUUCUUCGCACUCCCUCCGCCGCAGCUUCCUGGAGCUCGGACUGAAGGCGAGAGCAGGGCAGGCCUGUUGCUUGUGCUGCCGAGCUCCGUGCAUCCGUGCAUGCGAAUGGAAGAAAGACCAGACUGUUGCCAACCUUGCGACGAGCCUCGUACGAACUGCUGAUACUCGGCGGACGAGAAUCACAUGCGCACCGACCUUACGGACGUGGAGACUUCCACUGCUCUGGGGUGCUGCUGAGAGGUGCGCACAUUGACAGUUGCCGAACAGCAGAGCGAUGGCGGACGCGGAGGAGCACGUCCCAGUCUUCAAGUCGCUGAAAGAUGUGUAUGGCAACAAGGAGACGCUGUGGGAGGCGCAAUUGCGGUACCAGAAGCUGAAGACGAGGUUCUUCGAGCUCUAUGGGCACAUUCCGGAGCUGUACGCACGAGCGCCCGGGCGAGUGAAUUUGAUCGGAGAGCACAUCGACUACGAAGGGUACUCGGUGUUGCCUAUGGCCAUCAUUCACGACACGAUCGUGGCAAUUCGCCGACAGGAGCCCGAAGACGGGCCGCCAUCGCUGAGGGUGGUGAACACGGAUGCGGCUAAGUUCUCAGGAUUCGUGUUCCCCGCGGACCCAUUCCAAGAAGUGGACAGGGCGUCGCAUCACUGGGCGAAUUACUUCCUCUGCGGCUACAAGGGAGUGUUCGAGCAUCUGCUGGCGAAGGGAGUUGAGAUCGGUGCGCCCGUCGGCUACGACAUUCUCGUCGAUGGCACGGUGCCGAUCGGCGCUGGGGUGUCGAGCUCGGCCGCCAUCGUCUGCGCGUCCGCCAUCGCCAUCAUGGCCGCGCAGGGGCUGAGCUUCACGAAGCAGGAGGUCGCGGAAUUCGCCUGCGUGUGCGAGCGCCACAUCGGCACACAGGCUGGCGGUAUGGACCAGGCCAUCUCGAUCAUGGCCAAGCGCGGCGUGGCCAAGCUCAUCGAUUUCAACCCGAUUCGCGCCACCGACGUGGCGCUGCCACGCAAGGGCGCCUUCGUCAUCGCCAAUUCGCUCACCGUCUCGACGAAGGCCGUGACCGCUGCCAGCAAGUACAACUACCGCGUGGUCGAGUGCCGUUUGGCCGCCAUGGUGCUCGCGGCCGCGCUCGGCAUGCCGUUGCCGGAGGUGCGCAGCGUCCAGACGCUCUCGGACGUCGAGGGCCUCUGCGUCGGCUUCGCUGCGACGCGAGGUGGCGCGGCCGCGCCCGUCGUGGCCGUCGAGGCCACUCUGCACGAGGAGCCCUACGGCGCGGCCGAGAUCGAGUCCAUCAUCCAGCAGCGCCUGACGGACGUCUUUGCCGCCUCGCCGAGCUUUCUCGAGGUCCUCGAGGUGAACCGCAAGUUCCACCUCUUCAAGCGCGCGCGCCAUGUGUACACCGAGGCGCAGCGCGUGCUCCAGUUCCGCGACGUGGUCGAGUCGGCCGACCGCGACGACCUCAAGCUGCUGCAGCUCGGCGCCCUCAUGUCCCAGAGUCACGUCAGCUGCAGCCGCAUGUUCGAGUGCAGCUGCCCCGAGCUCGAGGAGCUCGUCAAGGUCUGCAACGCCAACGGCGCCCUCGGCGCGCGCCUCACGGGCGCCGGCUGGGGCGGCUGCGUCGUCUCGCUCGUCGAAGAGCGCUCCGUCCCCGGCUUCAUCGAGGCGCUCAAGAAGAAUUUCUACCAGUCCCGGAUCGACAGUGGCCGCAUCCGCGAGGAAGAUCUGCGCACGUACGUGUUCGCCUCGAAGCCCUCGGGCGGGGCCGCCAUUCUCAACCUGUAGCAAUGUGCAGUCGAUAUGUAGAAGGAGACGGACCGCAAUUCGUCGUAGAUUAGUCGAUUCCCAUAUUCCUUUGCAGACGGACCGCAAUUCGUCGUAGAUUAGUUGAUUCCCAUAUUCCUUUGUUAGUAGUCCACUCCCAGGGCGAUGUUGGUCCUGCCCGACACUGCUGUUUCAGUUAGUUAGUUAGUUAGUUCAAAAUUCCGCCCAUAUUCUGGGCCUCAUCUUGCUGUCUCGGGGCAACACGGUGGAGAUUCGCACCUCCACUGCGAUCGAAAAUGUGAUCGCUCCCCACCAAUUGAAGGGAAGGAGGAGCGUCACAAAGCGAGCAACCAUAUCCCACAAUCCCCACAGGCUGCAAUAAAGCGCAUUCUUGGUC